CUUAUAAAGGCGCUGUGGAGGGGAGAUGACCCAGAGAAGAUCCAGAAUGGGGUUUUUUCCAGCCACCCUGAUACUGCUCCUCUGGGGAGCAGCCUCUGUGUCCUGCAUCACCAGGGAGUACUUUAUUGGGAUUAAGGAGGUGCAGUGGGACUACGCUCCUCAUGGGGUCAACAUGAUCCUCAACAAAACUCUGAAGGAAGAUGAACAUGCCGCCACCUUCCUGGAGAAAGGCCCCCAGCGCAUUGGCCGAGUGUACAAGAAAGCGGUGUACCUGCAGUACAGCGACGCCACCUACAGGCAGGAGAUAGAGAAGCCCAAGUGGCUGGGUUUCCUGGGCCCCCUGCUGGCCGCCGAGGAAGAAGACACCCUGGUGGUCCACCUGAAGAACAUGGCCUCCAGACCAUACUCCAUGCACCCCCACGGAGUCAGCUACAACAAGACCAACGAGGGCGCCCUGUACCCGGAUGGCACGGGACCAGAGGACAAGCACGGGGACAAGGUGGAUCCUGGGAAGAGCUACACCUAUCACUGGCAGCUCCCGUCUAACCACGCUCCCGCGGAGGACGACACCAACUGUCUGACGCGGCUCUACCACUCCCACACCAGCGCUCCGAAAGACAUCGCCUCAGGCCUCGUAGGACCCCUCAUCAUCUGCAAGAAAGGAACCCUGGACGUCCAUGGAGAUAAGUCAGCUGACUACCUGUACGCUCUGAUGUUCACCGUGUCGGACGAGAACAUGAGCUGGUACCUGGACGACAACAUCAAGACUCACUGCAGCCCCACGUUCAAGGUGGACAAGGAGGACGAGGACUUCAAGGAGAGCAACCUCAUGCACUCCAUCAACGGCUACAUGUAUGGAAACCUGCCUGGCUUCAGCAUGUGUGUGGGCAACAAGAUCCACUGGCACCUGUUUGGGAUGGGCAACGAGAUGGAUGUCCACACGGCCUACUUCCACGGGCAGAUCCUCACCCACCAGGGCAGGCACACGGACACCGUCAGCCUGUUCCCUGCCACCUUCACCAACGUGGAGAUGAUUGCUGACAACCCAGGGAACUGGAUUCUGGCCUGCCAGGUCAAUGACCACCUGCAAUCGGGCAUGCAGGUGCUGUUUGAGGUCAAGAAGUGUUUCCCCAAUGUGCACAAGCCCCGCCCCUACGGCGAGGUCAGACAGUACUUCAUCGCGGCAGAGGAGGAGCUAUGGGAUUACGCCCCCUCCCAGAACAACCUCAACUCUGGACAUCCUCUGGCAACUGACAGUGAUUCUGAGACAUUCUUUGCGCGAGGGAAUGACAGGAUUGGAGGAAAGUACAAGAAGGCCAGGUAUGUGGAGUACACCGACAACACCUUCACCAAGCGCAAGGAUAGGACACCUGAGGAGCAGCACCUAGGGAUUCUGGGUCCGGUGAUCCGUGCGGAGGAGGAGGACACCAUCAAGGUGGUGUUCAAGAACAACGCUAAGCGCCCUUACAGCGUUCAGCCACACGGGGUGCAGUACAGCAUCGAGCAGGAGGGAACCCUCUACUACAAUGAACUGGAAGAGUCCCACACUGCGAAGAAACUCAGAGAGAUCAAGAAGGAGACAAGAAUUGUAACCCCACCCCCAGCAUCGCUCGUCCAACCAGGCACCACCUACACGUACGAGUGGGUGGUGCCCAAGGGCGGCGGCCCGGUGGAGACCGACGCAGACUGCAUCACCUACCUGUACUACUCUGCUGUCGACCCCGUCCGAGACACCAGCUCCGGUCUGGUCGGUCCGCUCCUCGUUUGCAAACCCAAAACCAUAAAGAAGGGAAAGCAGAGAAACUUCGACAAAGAGUUUCACCUCCUGGCCACGGUGUUCGAUGAGAACCUGAGCUGGUAUCUGGACGACAACAUCAAACAGUUCACCAAAGCCCCUCAGACCGUCAAGAAGGACGAUGAGGACUUCCAGGAGUCCAACAAGAUGCACUCGUUAAACGGUUUCAUGUACGGGAACCUACCUGGGCUGACCAUGUGCAAGGGGGACAAGGUGUCGUGGCACCUGUCUGGGCUGGGCACCGAGACAGACGUCCACGGGCUUCACUUCCAUGGCAACCGCUUCAUUUACAGAGAGACCAGAAGAGACACCAUCAGCGUGUUCCCACACAUCUCCCACACAGUCACCAUGGAGCCUGACAGCAUGGGUCAGUUUGAGGUGGUGUGCAGGACAACAGACCACUACACAGGAGGGAUGAGGGCUAACUACACGGUGGAGAAGUGUAGCGUCUUCAACAGACAGUCAGAGAUCAUGCUCCACUCCAAGACCUACUACGUCGCUGCCCUGGAGAUGGACUGGGACUACUCCCCCAACCGUACCUGGGAGACGGAACAGUACCAGGGCCUCAUCAACAGCCCUGGAGCUGCAUUCCUGGACAAGCAGGAGCGUUUCAUCGGCUCCAAGUACAAGAAGGUGGUGUACAGGCAGUUCACCAGCGACAAGUUCACCAAGCAGAUGGAGAGGCCUGCCGACAUGGAGCACCUGGGGAUUCUGGGCCCCAUGAUCCAUGCGGACGUGGGCGACAAGGUGAAGAUAGUGUUUAAGAACAUGGCCAGCAGACCUUACUCCAUAGAUGCUCAUGGAGUCAAGACUGACAGCCCCACGGUGAAGGAGACCAAGCCUGGUGAAACCCAAACGUACGUAUGGUACGUUCCAAAGACAGCUGGUCCAACCACAGCUCAGGAGGAGUGUUCCGUUGGAGCGUACUACUCUAGAGUUGAUGUCAACAAGGACCUAUACAGUGGUUUGAUUGGUCCCCUGGUGAUAUGUAGGCGGAGCUGGGGGAGGUCAUUGGGCCUGAAGAAGGAAGUGGAGGAGUUUGCUCUGCUCUUCAUGGUGUUUGACGAGAACGAGUCGUGGUACCUGGAUGACAACAUCCGAACCAACAUCAAGAACCCUCCCAAGAACCUGAAGGAGAACGAGGACUUCUUGGAGAGCAACAAGAUGCAUGCAAUCAAUGGAAGGGUGUUUGGGAACCUGCAGGGUCUGGACAUGCAGGUGGGAGAUAAGGUCUACUGGUACCUGAUGGGCAUGGGCAACGAGAUGGACAUACACACAGUGCACUUCCAUGGGCACAGCUUCGAAUACAAGCUAGGCGGGCGGUCCCAUCGCACGGACGUGUUCGGCCUGUCGCCCGCCACCUUCCAGACGGUGAAGAUGCGUCCGCAGUACCCGGGCUCCUGGCUGCUGCACUGUCACGUGUCCGAUCACAUCAUGGCGGGCAUGACCACCAUCUACACUGCAACAGAGAAGGGCAAAAAGAAAGGCUUCUUUGGAUGACAAGGAUGGACGGGGUGUUCAGUCAGUCGAGACUGCUUUUAACUUUGCACAGAGAACGUGGUUAUCAUACAAACACUUCAGUAUUUACACAGUUGAUGUGUAUCAAUCCCUGGUCACUAACAAAAUGUGUUGAAUUGCUUUACAUUGAAUGUUCUUUUCAUUCUCCUUUUGAAUAAAGAUAGUUAUGAGUUCAA